AUGACAGACACAGAAAUGGAGUACAACAUUGGCGGCAAUCAUACUGCGAAGAGACAGUUCCGAGCUUACAAUGUUCUUGUCAUUCUGGCAAUGAGCUUCGGCUCGAUCGCCAUGGGCUACAGCGGCAGCGUCAUUGGCGUCACAUUGGGCCAGCCUUCGUUUGUUGAAUACUUUGAACUGGAGACUCGGUCGAAUGGUACGUCCCUGAUUUCUGCUAUGAACGGGUUGUUCCAGGCAGGAGCCUUUUUCGGCGCCCUUUUCAUCUCCUACGUUGGCGACCGAUUUGGUCGUAAAAUGAGCAUUACUGUUCCUGCCCUGUUGGUGGUAAUCUCAGGUGCUUUACUUGCUGGCUCAGUUCAUAUCGGAAUGUUCUUGACAUUUCGUUUCUUCUCGGGCAUGGGAUCCUUUUGGUUGCUUGGCGCUAUUCCCGUCUGGAUGACAGAGAUUGUGCCGCCAAAGAACAGAGGCUUGCUCGUUGAUAUUCACUCAUGCGCCCUCUUGCUCGGAUACGCUUCAGCCAGUUGGAUGGGAUAUGCAUUCUUCUUUGUCAAAAGUAGCAGUUCAUGGCGUGGGCCAUUGGCAAUUCAAUGCCUCCCAGCUCUAAUUGUUUUGUCCGCAAUGAGAUGGCUACCGGAAUCACCCCGAUACCUGAUUAUGAAGGACAAAACAGAGGAAGCUCGCAAGGUUCUCGGCCGCCUUCACGAGGAGGAGGAAGCCAAUUUUGAGUUCAACCAGAUCGCAGCGCAGAUCAAACUGGACAAUGCGCUUCCGCAUUCGUGGUCGUCCUUGAUCACAAAGAAAAGUUACCGGAUUAGAACAUUCUAUGCACUCGGGCUGGCUUGCGGUAUUCAGUUUACUGGUGUGCUCGUGAUCAAUAAUUACUCGGCCAUUAUUUACAGUAGCCUCGGAUUCAAUGGUCCUACGAUUCUCAUCUACGCGGCGGGCUACAACACGCUUGCCUUUGGCUGCGGCUUCAUCGCGAUAUGGCUCAUUGACCUGUUCCCUCGAAACAAGCUCGUCUCAUUUGGUACUGCCAUAGUUACGUCUUGUCUGGCUGUCGAAGCGGCGCUUGUGGCCAAUUUUCCUACUGGACCAGGCCAGAAUAACGAUGCGCUACGAGCAGCCGCGGCUAUGACAUUCCUCUACGUCGGCUUUGCUCAAUUGUUCCUUGACGGCACCCAAUACGUCUACUUUGCAGAAUUGUUCCCUAACCACUUGCGGAAUAAGGGAAUGACCAUCGGAAUGGCUGCCAUUUCUCUGAUGAACAUCAUGUGGCUUCAAGCUGCACCAACUGCAUUUAAAAAUAUCUCUUGGAAGUUCUAUCUCUGCUUCAUCAUCCCAGCAUACCUAUUUGCCAUAGUAUGCUGGUUCUUCUAUCCCAAUACCAAGGGACUAGCAUUAGAAGAGAUUGCCGCCUUAUUCGGCGAUGAUGUGCAGCAAGACGCGUACCCUUCCGCAAUUCAUGCAGGCCCAGAGCACCACAACAUGGAAAAAGACUCCCAAAACACCAGCGUUGGUACUGUGCAUCGGGAGGAUGCGAAAACUCACGGGGCUUAG